GCGAUCGUCCAGCGUUUGCGGGGGCGCGGAAUCCUCGUGCUGCUGGCGCCGGGGGAAGGCCUGCCGCCCCGGCGCCGUCUCGUGGCUCUGUUCCUGUUCCCGGCCCCGAGGGCUCUCGCGGCCCCAGCUGAAGAGCAGCGGCGGGAUCCGAAGGAGGGGAAGGAAAACGGCGCCGGGAGCGGGAAUUUUAUAGAGGAAAAUAAUUCCAGGAAUGAGAAUUUUAUAAAGGAAAUUGAUUCCAGGAGUGAGAAUUUAAUGGAGGAAAAUAAUUCCAGGAGUGAGGAUUUUAUAAAGGAAAUUAAUUCCAGGAAUGAGAAUUCAACAAAGGAAAAUAAUUCCAGGAAUGAGAAUUCAACAAAGGAAAAUAAUUCCAGGAGCGAGAAUUUUAUAAAAGAAAAUAAUUCCAGGAGUGAGAAUUUAAUAGAGGAAAUUAAUUCCAGGAGUGAGAAUUUUAUAAAGGAAAUUAAUUCCAGGAGUGAAAAUUUUAUAAAGGAAAAUAAUUCCAGGAGCGGGAAUUUUAUAGAGGAAAUUCAUUCCAGCAGCGAGGAUUUUAUAAAGGAAAUUAAUUCCAGAAAUGAGAAUUCAACGAAGGAAAAUAAUUCCAGGAGUGAGAAUUUAACAAAGGAAAUUAAUUCCAGGAGCAAGGAUUUUAUAAAGGAAAUUAAUUCCAGGAAUGAAAAUUCAACGAAGGAAAAUAAUUCCAGGAGUGAGAAUUUAAUGAAGGAAAUUGAUUCCAGGAGUGAGAAUUUUGUAAAGGAAAAUAAUUCCAGGAGUGAGGAUUUUAUAAAAGAAAAUAAUUCCAGGAGUGAGAAUUUUAUAAAGGAAAUUAAUUCCAGGAAUGAGAAUUCGCCAAAGGAAAACGGCUCCAGGAGCGAGGAUUUUAAACGUGGAAAUGAUUCCAGGAACGAGAAUUCGCCGAAGGAACCCAGCUCCAGGAACGAGGAUUUUAAACAUGAACCCGACUCCAGGAAUGAGAAUUUUCAAAAUGAACCCGACUCCUGGAAUGGGAAUUUUCAAAAGGAACCCGACCCCCGGCGCGAGCUCUCCCUGCGGAUCUCCUCGGCGCUGCCGUGGCUCCGCUCCGCUCUGCUCAACGCCUCCCGUUCCUCCCGCCGCUGCUGCGGCGCCUCCCGCCUCCGGGAUGGGCUCCGGGGAUCGGCUGGGAUCCGGGACGGGCUCCGGGGAUUGGCUGGGAUCCGGGAUGAGCUCCGGGAAUCGGCCGAGCUCCCAGGAACCUCCGGCGUCAAGCUCCGGGAAUCAGCCAAGCUCCGGGAUGAGCUCCGUGAAUCUGCCGAGCUCCGGGAUGAGCUCCAGGAUGAGCUCCAUGAAUCAGCCGAACUCCAGGAUGAGCUCCGUGAAUCCGCCGAGCUCCCAGGAACCCCCAACGUCGAGCUCCAGGAUGAGCUCCGUGAAUCCGCCGAGCUCCCAGGAACCCCCAACGCCGAGCUCCAGGAUGAGCUCCGUGAAUCCGCCGAGCUCCCAGGAACCCCCAACGUCGAGCUCCAGGAUGAGCUCCGUGAAUCGGCCGAGCUCCGGGAUGAGCUCCGUGAAUCCGCCGAGCUCCCAGGAACCCCCAACGCCGAGCCGGGGGCCGCCGUCUCCGGCGCCGUGCCGAAGCUCCCGGCGCGUUCCCUGGCCCGGCUGCGCCGUUACCUCGCCGAUCCCGGCGCUUUCGCCGUGCCCAUCCCGGCCCUCGGCGGGAACCCCUCCCCGCCCUCGCCGCUCCCGAGGCUCGGCGUCGCCCGGCGCGGGGUCCCCGAGCGGGGCCCCGGGAGCGUGGCGGCGCCGCCGGGGCCGGGGAGGCGCCGGGAGCCGGGCCGGAGCCGCGGGAGGAGGGCGGCGGCGGCGGAGCGCGGCCCCGGGAGCGGCGGCGACUCCGUGCUCAAGUUGGCCAACCUGAGGCUGCCCCACGGCAGGAAGAGGG